GUUUGAGUUCAAAUCAAUUUAAAAGUCAAGACAACAGACUUAAAUACCCACGACGCGUACACAACACCAAAUAAUCCCAAAUCCUCCUCCUCGCAUACACUCCUACAAACUCGUCAUCGACCACGCAACACGCAAACGCAUACCAAUCGAUGAAAGUCCACAUCAAACACUGGAACGCCGUCGCUCAAUGGCGCUGGAACACAGGAAACGUAAAUCACGAUCAAGAUGACGAAGGCGACGUCUGUGGGAUCUGUCGCGUCCCGUUUGAGGGGUGUUGUCCGUCGUGUAAGAUGCCAGGGGAUGAUUGUCCUUUGAUAUGGGGCGAAUGCAGCCACGUAUUUCACAUGCACUGCUUGCUCAAAUGGUUAGGAACGACUGCUUCGAAACAGCAGUGUCCUAUGGAUCGACGUGCUUGGGUCACUGCUGAGCGAAAAGCGAACGAGUUGGCUGCGAGUUAGAUAUGAUGGCGGUAUGAACCGGCUUACCGCGGCGGGCAGAUCCGUCUUUGAGUUAGCAGCGGAUCAAUCUUUGAGGCUGAGCUGCGGGCGGAUCAACCUUUGACUUAACAGCUCAAAAUUCUUGAUUGUGCGAGUCGUAAUUGCAAUCAUGAACGCUGAUCCUGAUGGUGAUCCCGAUCCCUCAUGUAUUCAUCCCACAUCCUGCCCCUGUGUCGACACGCGGACGCACCGUACACAUUUUCAUAUACGAUUCCCGCCCCUAAGCACCACAAUA